AUGAAGAAGCUACAGGUCUGGAGGAGCGUGCCGCGGCCGUGGGGCGCGCGCGGGUACGCGGGGCUGCCGCGGGCGGGUGCGGAGGUGCGCGCGGCAAGCGCGCUGGGCGUGUCGCGGGCGCCCAGCUUCCCGUGCGUGCCCGGCUCGCGGCUGCGGGCGUUGGUCUGGCCGCAGGCGCCGGCGAACGUCUUUGUGGUCAAGAAGCCGGGGUCUGCGGAGACCACGGCGGCGGCGAUCGAGUUGAUCCGCCAUAUGCACGCGCAGUACCCUGGGCUCAACGUGAUGGUGGCCGCGGACACUGCGGAGGAGCUGCGGGCGGGCCUGUGCGCGGCCGCGCCCGGCUGCGUGCUGUAUACGGGUACGGACAGCGAGAUCGCGGCGCGCGCGGACCUGCUGCUAUCGCUGGGCGGCGACGGCACCAUCCUGCGCGCGGCCGGGCUGUUCUCGGAGGCGCGAGUGCCGCCGGUGCUAGCCUUUUCGCUGGGGACGCUGGGCUUCCUGCUCCCCUUCGAGUUUUCGGAGCACGCGCAAGCGCUCGACGACGUGCUACAGUCGCGCGCGCACUGCCUGCAGCGGUCGCGGCUGGUGUGCCGCGUGCUGCGCGAUGGGCUGCCCGUGGACGGGCGGUGGGCGCACGCCAUGAACGACGUGUUCAUCCACCGAGGCGGCGCGCCGCACCUGGCGCACCUGGACAUCUAUGUCGGGAAGCAGUUCCUCACCAGCACGGUCGCCGACGGCGUGGCGGUCGCGACCCCAACGGGCUCGACGGCCUACUCGCUGUCUGCGGGGGGCAGCAUUGUGUCACCGCAGGUCCCGUCCAUUUUGCUAACGCCGAUCUGCCCGCGCUCGCUGUCGUUCCGCCCGGUCAUUUUGCCAAGCACUAGUCUGCUCAGGCUGGUGAUCGGCGCGAAGUCAGCGCAAGACCCGGCGGCCAUCAAGCUCUGCAUGUCCGUGGAUGGCGUGUCGAAGCCUCCGCUGUCCGUUGGCGACGAGCUGCACGUGACGGACGAGGUCAGCACGGCGCAUGCGCCGCGCGACGCCGGCGUGUACUGUGUGGCACGGUCGGAGAACGACUGGACGCGCGGGAUCAACGAGCUACUGGGCUUCAACAUGGGGUUCCGCGGCGGCAGACGGACCCACCCGCCCUCCUAG